AUGUAUGGCAAUGGCACGCCUGCAAAACGUGUUUCCCCACGCUCGCUGCGCGUGUCCGCGUCCGUCCCGGAAGACCCGCAGGCGGGGCUAGUAUUGGCGGAUCUGGCGCCCUACGAGACUUUGGGCCGGACUGUAUCGAAGAAAGGGUCAUGUUUCUGA